AUGUCAGACACAGAUGAAAACUUGGGGGAUAUACCUGCAGACGUAACUACCGAAGAUGAUGGAGAGACAUCAGAAGGUGAUAACAUAGAGGAAGAAGAAGAAGAAGCGAAACUGGACAAAAAGGAAGAGGAUGUAGAGGAGGAAGCAGAGAAAUAUGCUGAAGAAGAGGCCGUUAAAGAUGAAUAG